AUGUCGCUUGAUGAGCCGCCAAGUAUUCAGGGCCCGCCUGAGUCCAUGAUGCCUGAGCUUCUCAUCUCAAGGCCCUCACCAGAACCUCUCCAAGUGCUGCAAGUGUGUGACAACGCAGCAAACGCCGCUCUCGAUUCGAUAGCCACUACAGCAGCCGAGACCUCCGCAACCCCCGAGACCAAGCAAGCCAGCACAUUGCAAAACUCAGGCCUUGCUGAUGAUGUGGAUGGGUUCGGCCCAAUGUGUGCUUCGUUGACAGACCACAGUCGAAACAGUGUCACCGAGCACAUUGAGCAAACCUUGCGCAUGCGUCUCGGCAUAAAUGGAAAGUUGAUCUCAGGGCGGGAGUUGCAUGACGCAGCCGUGUCUCUUGGCCUCACGCGCUACACCGAAAGUGAUGUGAACACGAUCGUGAACAAGCUUGCCAGUUUCGUGCACUUGCGCUUCGAGCAAACCGACAAGAAAAGCACGCGGCUGCAACACUCAGGCACGUUUUCAAGGUUCCUGGGUGUGCACAGAAGGGACGCCCCGAUAGAGAUGACCAUCGAUGAGCGCUCGCGAGCAAUCUGGGAGUGGCCGCAUGAUGGCGCCAGCUCCAUGACAGACUUUCUCCGUGGCAAUGUUUCCGAAGCUGCGAACACACAGCAGCACAAUCUCGUUCCGUUUCAAGCGCUGGUCAUGGCAUUUUCCAUGGAUGGGGACGGGCGAAAAAUCUUUGGCACAUCCGCCGAGCUCUUCAGGGCCAUCAAGGAGUUGUUUCUUGCUGGGGAUACCAAUCGCUUAGUUGCGGAGCUGACGUUCGUGCGCAUCAACGACCUCGCUGCACCAACCCAGCCCACAGAUCCGGUUCUUUACAUUGAGCCCUUCGUGGCUUUGCUUAUCGUUGCAAAUGCUGCACUUCUUGGGCUGCAAACCGAUGUGGCUUGGGAAGAGUGGGCAGGCUGGCAGUGGGUCGAAGUGGCCUUCACUCUUGUUUUUGCCGGCGAGAUCCUGGUCCGAAUACGUCUGGUCGGACUGCGGUACUAUCUCUCGGGGCCAGAGUCUACAUGGAACUAUUUUGAUAUGUUCCUCGUGAUGGCAGGCUUGAUCGACAUCUUGUUAACGUCCUUAGUCGCAGAGUCCGAAGCAGCGGCUACGCAGCUGUUGCGUUCCUUUCGUUUAGUGAGGCUGACUCGAACCUUCCGCGUGUUCCGCUUGAAAUUCCUCAAGGAAUUGCAGCUGAUGAUCAAAGGUCUGGUUGGAGGGUUUCGAACUCUCUGCCUUGCCAAUUGUUUGCUAUUUAGCGUGUUGUAUGUGAUUGCCGUCUUCGCAACCAUUGCUAUUGGGCGUGCCGACUGGUCUCCUGAGGAGGAGCAGAUCCAAAAGCUCUUCGCAUCUGUGCCCGACUCGAUCUUCACAGCAUUCCGGUGCUACACUGGCGAGUGCAUGGCGGAGGGAGGAGAACCACUGGCUCCCAUUCUCGCCGCUCGGUUCGGCUUCUUGUUCACUUUCAGCUACGUGCUGUGCUACAUGCUCAUUACCCUGGGUAUUUUCAAUGUCAUCCUGGCGGUGUAUGUCGACAUCACUAUGAAGGCGGCAAGAGAAAGCGAGUUGACCCACGAGCAGCAUGAGCGGGAGUCGAUCAGGGUGGCCAGGCUUACCAGGGAGCUCGUCAAGAAAUUCACCAAAGAAUAUCGCAAGCAUCAGAAGAUGAUGAGUCCAGUAGAAUACGGCGACGAUUUGUCACACAGUGGAAGCUCUCCCAGACUACCUGGCGGCAGCCCCACGUUGGGUGAGGAGGAUGAUGACCAAAUUGAGAUCAGCAAGGAGCUCUUCCUGACGGUUGUUCAGGAUCGGCAUGUGCAGCGGCUGAUGGAUGACUUAGAUCUGCCCCCAGAUCGCGCCAACCUCUUCGAGGCUUUAGAUGCAGAUGGUAGUGGCACACUGCAUGUGGCGGAGUUGGUGCAGGGACUCCUCAAAGUUCGGGGGGACCUGAAGAAGACAGACACCGUGGCCACACUGCUGGCCACGAGGGCAGUAUUCAGGAUGCUCGAACGCUUGAGCAAGGACCUCGAGGAGCUGCGCCAAGAUACGGCAACCUUAGUGGGGAGAAAUAUGAUCGCCAGGCCACGCCGCCAGUCAAUAUUUGAUUUUUGA